AUGGAGACUAGAACUCAAUCGGCCCUUACAAGCACCGGCACCACGCCCGACAACCAAUCGGAAUUUGAGCUUGAAUCAAGCCAACGAUGGAACGAGCAGCCCGUGAACGAGAACGAGUCUUUGCUACCGCCGACUGAUGGCGGGAAAGAUGCGUGGUUGUUUGUUGCGGCUGGCUUUAUGGUGGAGAUGAUGUACGUUGACUUUGUGCUCCAACAUGAAGACCUGCCUACAUACACCAAAGCACUGGGAUUCAGCAGCACAGUCUCCGCCGUUCCUCUCAUUCUCCUCAAUGUCGCCGCUGUCAUCGGAUCCGUUAGUAUGGGAAGCAUCAUCGAUCGCACACACGUCACCACCGCCAUCCUCAUUUCCACCAUCGGUGCCAUGAUCUCCACUUUCCUAAUCUGGGGCUUCAGCACGUCUCUACCGCCGUUGCUGAUCUUCUGCUUCACAUACGGACUUUUCGCAGGCAGCUUCGCGAAUACUUGGCCUGGCAUCAUGAGAGCAGUGCAAACAAGUACGGGACAGAUGGAGAGCUCCAUGGUCUUCUCGUUCUUGUGUAUGGGUAGAGGUAUUGGGAAUAUUGUCAGUGGGCCUAUCAGCGAGGCAUUGAUUAAGACGGGAACUCUUGGUGAGCAUGGAUUGUAUGGGACGCAAUAUGGCAGUUUGGUGGUGUGGACGGGGGUUAGCGCUGCGCUUGGGGGUGUGAGCAUCAUCGGAAGGAGGGUGGGAUGGCUGUGA